CUCAUUCGUGCAGUUGGACGAAGUCCCUCCCUGGCCAUCCUUCCAGAGCUGACCUUGGACCUGGAGACCUGGGUCUGCUGGCCAUAGGGCUGCUGAACAGGCUGGAACCACAGGCUAGGUCCAGACACAACGCAGGUGCCUACGGACUCCGCCACUCGGAGCUGACCCUCUUUGCCCUUGAGCCGUGCAGAAGCAGCCCCAUGAAGGUGCCCAGCCAUGCAAUGUUCCUGGAAGGCUGUCCUCCUCCUCGCCCUGGCCUCCAUAGCCAUCCAGUACACGGCCAUCCGCACCUUCACUGCCAAAUCCUUUCACACCUGCCCGGGGCUGAGUGAGGCCGGGCUGGCCGAACGGCUGUGUGAGGAGGGCCCCACCUUUCCCUACAACACGUCCCGCAAGACCCACAUCCUCAUCCUAGCCACCACACGCAGCGGCUCCUCCUUCGUGGGUCAGCUCUUCAACCAGCACCUGGACGUCUUCUACCUGUUUGAGCCCCUCUACCACGUCCAGAACACACUCAUCCCACGCUUCACCCAAGGCAAGAGUCCCACUGACCGGCGCGUCAUGCUAGGAGCCAGCCGAGACCUCCUUCGCAGCCUGUACGACUGCGAUCUCUACUUCCUGGAGAACUACAUCAAGCCGCCGCCCAUCAACCACACCACCGACAGGGUCUUCCGGCGUGGGGCCAGCCGGGUGCUCUGCUCGCGUCCUGUGUGUGACCCUCCCGGGGUGUCCCCCGACCUCAUCCUGGAAGAGGGGGACUGCGUGCGCAAGUGUGGCUUGCUGAAUUUGACAGUGGCCGCCGAGGCCUGCCGUGAGCGCAGCCACGUGGCCAUCAAGACGGUGCGCGUGCCUGAAGUGAAUGACCUGCGGGCCCUGGUGGAAGACCCUCGGCUCAACCUCAAGGUCAUCCAGCUGGUCCGGGACCCUCGCGGCAUUCUGGCAUCUCGGAGCGAGACCUUCCGCGAUACGUACCGGCUCUGGCGCCUGUGGUACGGCACUGGGAGGAAGCCCUACAAUCUGGACGUGACACAGCUGACCACGGUGUGCGAGGACUUCUCCAACUCUGUGGCCACAGGCCUCACACGACCCCCAUGGCUCAAGGGCAAGUACAUGCUGGUGCGUUACGAGGACCUGGCCAGGAACCCCAUGAAGAAGACAGAGGAGAUCUAUGGAUUCCUGGGCAUCCCGUUGGACAGCCACGUGACCCGCUGGAUCCAGAACAACACGCGGGGCGACCCGUCCCUGGGCAAACACAAGUACGGCACCGUGCGAAACUCAGCGGCCACGGCUGAGAAGUGGCGCUUCCGCCUCUCCUACGACAUUGUGGCCUUCGCCCAGAACGCCUGCCAGCAUGUGCUGGCGCAGCUGGGCUACAAGAUGGCCACCUCGGAAGAGGAGCUCAAGAACCCAUCAAUCAGCCUGGUGGAGGAGCGGGACUUCCGCCCUUUCUCAUGACCACUGACCCUGGGGGUGGGGCUGGGGGUGGGCACAUGGGAGGCUGGGGGACCAGGAGGUUUUGAUACAAUGGAUGGGACCGUUUCUAACUGUUGCCUUACUCCCCUGCCUCCACCCUGCACCCCACCCCGCGCCCACUCCCCCAGCCCCCCAUUUUUUUUGGUCUCUGGAAUUUGCACUAUGUGGAGGGGGUGGGGAGGGUGGGGGCUCACGAAGUCAGGGGGUAUCUCCCAUGGCCUCCCCCCACCCCCACCUCGUGCAGUCGCGCUCAGAGGCGGAGUCUGCACGUGGACCAUGGCGAUGUUUACAAGCACCCUACUGGCACGUACACAGGCGCCCCAUGGGGAGUGGCACCUGCCAAGACACCGAGCCUGGGGACUCCCCUUCUCCCCCUUUGCACUGUCUUCCUUCCCGGAGGUCUGAGGAUAGAAAGGGGCGAGGCCUGUCUCUCUCCCCCUGGCAGGAGUCACGUGCUACCCUUCCCCCUUUCCGCCUCCUGCCCCCACAAGUGCGGAAAAACUGCCCACCCGCCCCUGCCCUUGCCUGCCUGCCUGCCUGCCGGCCAGCAGGCUUUUACCGUGAGGUGAACGUGGCCGUGUCCGUUUCUUCCAGUCUGUGGUGAUGCUGUCUGAGUCUUGUGGCUGCCCCUCCCCUCCCACCCCUCCGGGGACCUGCCGAGUCUUCUGGAGUUGCUGAUUGACUGUUGUUUUUUGGGGGGAUGGGUGGGGUGGGAGGGGUGGGAGAUCCAUCAAUGAUCCUUCUUUGUGCCAAAAAGAAACAAAGCAAAACACGAGUGGGUCAGUUUGUUAAAUGAACAUUGAGAUGCUUUAUU